AUGGCGGACUACCCCGCAAACUACGGGAAUUUGGAGUGCAAGGCGCACGACGAGAAUUUGGCGCCCUUCUGCAAGGGGAGCUCCCCCCCGGCCUGGUGCACUCAGAAGUGGUGCUACGUGGACUCCUCCAACUGCCAGGGCGUGGUGCCCUACAAGAGCGUGCUGUUUGCCAAUUCGGACGUGUACUACAGCUACAACACCUGUGGUGAGUCCAAUGAGUUCAAGGCCUGGUCGGGGGCGGCGACCACUGGCGGCACCAGUGCCAGCGUGACGCAGCUUCUGGAUGUGGUACAGAGCUACCUUUGGAGCACCCGCUCAAGGGUGCAAGACAUCUACGAGCAGCUCAACUCCAGCGAAUGGUGCACCGUCUAUGGACAGUGCAACUGCGCGGAGUGCUUUCAGAACGACCUGUGGAUGGAGAAGACCGACUUCGGGCGUGUCGGGGCCAAUGCCCGAAGUCAGGAGUUCUCGUGCCUGGCGCAGUCGGUGGCACCCACCUACUCCAACGUGGCGGCCAAGGAGGCUUCGCCGACGGAGCGCGUGGGCUACCAGUACUUUGCGGAUCAGAAGUCUGGGAGUUACCUCGGCUGGCCAGCGGUCCAAUGGUGCCCCGAAGCCGAGGGUGUGGACCCGCGAUUCCGGCCCUGGUAUUCCUCAGGCUCCACCGGGCCCAAGGACUUGGUGCUGGUGGUGGACGUGUCGGGCUCCAUGGGCUCCGCGGGCCGCGCCGCGCUGGCCAAGGCCGCCGCCAAGGCGGUGAUCGACACCUUGGAAUGGAAGGACUUCGGCACCGUCAUCCUCUUCAACCACGGGAUUGCGGCUCAGUACUCCCAGCAGCUGGUGGCCAUGUUUGACGCCGAGCGCGCCAACUUGAAGAACUGGCUGGACCAACAGGCAUGGGCCGAAGGUGGCACCGACUUCAAAGUUUCUUUGGACCGCGCCUUCGACGUGAUCAGCGCCAGCGUAAGCAGCGGCAGCACGUCCAUGUGCCAGAAGGCCAUCCUGUUCUUAACCGACGGCGCGGCCAGUUUCGAGAGCGCGGACUACGCAAGCGUCAGGCAGCGGACCACGCAGUACAGCGUGGCCCUCUUCACCUACGCGCUGGGCUCCGGAGCCGAUGCCACGGUCACCAAGCAGCUGGCCUGCGAGAACCAAGGUAUCUUUUACCCCAUCCCCGACGGCGGCGACUUGGCGAACAUCAUGUCGAGGUAUUACCAGUACUUUGCCGCCGGAGUGGAGAUUUGCACGCCCUCUUUCACCAAGUACCAGGACUCCGUCACGCGCACGGAGCUCUGGCCCGCCUGCCUGCCCGCCUACGACCGCACCGGCCUGGAGCCCGCGCUGCUGGGGGUGACCUGCUUCGACCUCAACGUGAUGGUAAACCCAUCUGUUUUGAGGUCGCAGUCCUACUGGCCGGAUUUUCUGUGCAAGAUCUCAGACAUGACCAAGCAGUGCCGGCAGCUGGACAUCAACGACUGCCGCCUCGAGAAGCUGCGGCGAGAGUACAGUGAGGCGUCCUCUUGCAUUACCCUGGACACCUCGGUCACCUGCCCCUGCGCAGAUCCCGCGUGCCAAGACGACCCCGACUUCUUGGACGAAAAGGGCUACUUCUGCGAUACCUGGGUGGGUGAUGACUGCCAGCGGGCAGCCUCCGACUGGGGCUACUCUGCCACUGGCGAGGCCCAGAUUCAGACGAAGUGCAAGAGAUCCUGUGGCAUGUGUCCUCAGCUCAACCCCUGCCCCAAGCAGACGGCCCAGUGCUCGAACGUGGCGCAGCCCUCUGCCACGGCCUGCCGCGCCACACGCACGGACAAGAUCAGCCCCAAUAGCAUCGAGGGGACUGUGGAGGAUGUCGCAGGAGCCUCGGCGUCCAGCGCGCCCGUCGGCCCCAGUUGCCUGAUCGCGGCGACGAUGGUUGCGGUCGCGCUGGGAUGA